AUGCUCCCUGACUGCAGCCAAGUCAGGCGUUUCGACGAAAUAGCCGCGCGGGAAAGCUGGACUGCAGGCGAACGCUUUGAAGUCUGGAACUGGCCGCAGCAGCCAGCCAAGGCAGCGAAUAAGUUGCACGGCCUCAAGGGUGCUGAAGUCAACGAGCCUGGCAAGAACGAAUACGACACCAAUGCAUGCUCAGAUGACUUAGUAGUUGUCCAAGACGUCGUCAACAGGACUUCUGAGCAGGCUUCUACUGGUCAAAGUCUGACAAACGCCUUACCACAACUCGACUUCCAACUGAGGCAGUUCUCAAUCUCGAGAUACAUCCAUCGUGAAGCGCAAGGGCGAGUGCAGUAUCCCAGGAGGUUUCGGCUUGCACAAUGCCAUACCAAAGCCACCUUCAACCAGAUCUCUUCACACCCUCAUGUCAAUAGCUGGGAAACUGGUAGACGCCGCAAGAAGCUUCUGUUUCACAGUAGCGUGGGGCUUUCUCCUAUAUCUUUGCCUCCAAUCCUGGAAGAACCACGCGUGCCGCAACAUGUCCUGGCUGCUUAG